AUGGCGGAAACGGAACCGAUUGUCACCCAAGGCAUCGAGCCUGUAUCUGGUGAAUCACACUCGCCGCCGGGUGACCGCCACAUCACAGCGACCUGGGGAUCAAAAGAUGGAAAUAUAUCAAAUCGGCAAUGGAACGAUGCGGAAGCAAAUAAGCUACCUGAAAAAGUAGCAGAUCUGGAGAAGAAGGGAGAGAUCAACAAUGAUCGCCCACGGAAAAGAAUCGUGGUUGUAGGAUUGGGCAUGGUCGGCAUUGCUUUUAUCGAGAAACUCAUGAAGUACGACGUCAAGCGGAGAGAAUACGAUGUUGUUGUCAUUGGCGAAGAACCACAUCUUGCAUACAACCGCGUUGGCCUAACUAGCUUCUUCCAACACCGUCAAGUGGAAAACUUAUAUCUCAAUCCGCAAGAAUGGUAUUCCUCCAUGCCAGAAGGCGCUUUGAGCUACCACCUCAACACUCUUGUCACCGAGAUUGAUUCCGAGGACAAGACGGUCAAAACAUCAUCUGGAGAGACCGUAUCAUACGACAUCCUAGUUCUGGCAACGGGUUCCGAUGCGCUUCUUCCCCGACACACGCCCGGCCACGAUGCACAAGGUGUAUUCGUAUACCGCACCAUUGAGGAUUUGCAAAGAUUGAUCGAGUUUUCUUCUUCACGAAAAGGCACUACUGGCGCAGUUGUUGGCGGCGGUCUGCUCGGUCUCGAAGCCGCACAUGCGAUGAUGGAUCUAGAGGACUUUUCCAAAGUUAAGCUGAUUGAAAGAAACCGCUGGGUGCUGUCGAGGCAACUAGAUGGCGAUGCUGGUGGUAUGGUUGUGGAGCAAGUAAGAGCAUUGGGCCUGGACGUCAUGCUGAGUAAGAGGGUGGGCAAGAUUUUGACUACCGAAGACAACUUUGUCAAAGGCGUGAUUGGCAUCAAAGCCCGAGAUGAGCUGGCCAGGAAAGCGGGUAUAAAAUGUGCUGACAGAGGAGGAGGCAUAGUUGUCGGACCUGAUCUAGCAACAUCUCAACGCGACAUCUAUGCCAUUGGCGAGUGUGCGAGCUGGGAAAACCAAACCUUUGGCCUCAUUGCUCCUGGUGUCGAGAUGGCCGAUGUACUAGCUUUCAACUUGACCCAAGCGAAAGCACACGCACCGCGAAAGUUCAAAGCCCCAGAUCUCAGCACAAAACUCAAGCUGCUAGGUGUCGAAGUUGCAAGUUUCGGUGACUUCUUUGCCGAUCGCGAUGGCCCCAAGAACUUACCUGGACGCCAGCGCGCCGAUAGCAAGGAGCCAAAUGCGAAGACGACGCGAGACAAGGUCAAGAGCCUGACAGAUGGACCAGCACCACCACCAGUCAAGGCACUCACAUACAAGGACCCAUUCCAACAGGUCUACAAGAAGUAUCUGUUUACUAUGGAUGGAAAGUAUUUGCUGGGUGGCAUGAUGAUUGGUGAUACGAAAGACUACAUCAAACUUGUGCCCAUGGUAAAGAACCAGAAGCCGCUCGAGAUACCACCCAGCGAGCUCAUUGUUGGCGCGCAAAAGGGCGACGAUGAUGGCUCUGAUUUAUCCGAUGACACCCAGAUCUGCUCAUGCCACAACGUCACCAAAGGCGAUGUAGUCAAUGCUACCAAAGACGGAACCUGCAAGAGCAUCGGCGAUGUCAAGUCUUGCACCAAGGCCGGCACUGGCUGUGGUGGCUGCAUGCCGCUCGUCCAAACCAUCUUCAAUAAGACUAUGGCGUCUAUGGGCAAUGAGAUCAAGAACCAUCUCUGCCCACACUUUGAGUACUCUCGUGCCGACCUCUUCAACAUCAUUUACGUCAAAGGCCUCAAGGAUUUCGCUGCUGUAAUGAAGGAGGCAGGAAAGGACGCCAACUCCCUGGGAUGCGAGGCUUGCAAACCGACGAUUGGAAGCAUCAUCUCUUCGCUGUACAACAGACAUCUUCUUGAGGUAAACAACCGAGGUCUUCAAGAUACAAAUGAUCGAUUCCUGGCCAAUAUCCAGCGCAACGGCACAUUUUCCGUUGUUCCUAGAGUUUCUGGCGGCGAGAUCACACCGGAGAAGCUCAUCAUCAUUGGGACAGUGGCGAAGAAAUACAACCUCUACACCAAGAUUACGGGUGGCCAGCGUAUCGACAUGUUUGGUGCACGCAAACAAGAUCUACCAGAUAUCUGGCAAGAACUCGUUGACGGCGGCAUGGAGUCUGGUCAUGCGUACGCGAAGUCGCUCCGAACGGUCAAGUCAUGUGUUGGAACAACAUGGUGUCGCUUCGGUAUUGGUGACAGUGUAGGCAUGGCUGUGCGCCUAGAAGAGCGCUACAAGUCUAUUCGUGGUCCACACAAGUUCAAGGGCGGAGUUUCAGGCUGUGUGCGCGAAUGUGCAGAGGCUCAAAACAAGGACUUUGGUCUCAUUGCCACUGAAAAGGGAUUUAAUAUUUUUGUCGGUGGCAACGGUGGUGCAAAGCCCAGGCAUUCGGAGCUAUUGGCCAAAGACGUGCCACCAGAUGACGUGGUCCCUAUUCUCGAUCGCUAUCUCGCAUUCUACAUCCGGACGGCCGACAAGCUGCAAAGAACAGCCCGAUGGAUGGAGAACCUCCCAGGCGGUAUCAAGUACCUCCAGGAGGUCAUCCUGCAAGACAAACUCGGUAUCUGCGCCGAUCUAGAGAAGCAAAUGGAAGAUCUUGUGGGCACCUUCUUCUGCGAAUGGACCGAAGUCCUCAAAGACCCCAAGAAACGCGCCUGGUUCUCCCAAUUCGCAAACACCUCUGAAACCAUUGUCGACACCAUCGAGCCCACGCAAGAACGCGGCCAGGAACGACCUUCCUACUGGCCCAAAGACUCCGUCACCGAAGACUUCCGCGGCACAAAAUGGACAGAGCUCUCCUGGCAACCCUUGGUCAAAGCCUCCGAGUUCCAGGAUGUCGACACUGGGGAUAGCAAGGCGAUCAAGCGCGGCGACACGCAACUUGCGGUAUUCAAAGUGCGCGGCAAAUACUACUGCACGCAGCAAAUGUGCCCACACAAGCGCGCCUUUGUGCUCUCCGACGGCCUCAUCGGUGACGACCUUGCAAACAACAAACUCUGGGUCUCGUGCCCCUACCACAAACGCAACUACGAGCUCUCUGGCGAAAACGCGGGCAAGUGUGCAAACGACGAGUCUGUCAAUAUUGCGGUUUUCCCAAUUGAAGAGAGGGGGGAUGGCUGGUUGUAUGUUAAGCUGCCCAGUGUGGAGGAGCUGGAUAGCGUGUUGGGGACGAGCAAGUUUAAGAUUAAGAAGAGUGAGACGGAGGAUCCGUUCGUGGCGCUAGAUAAGAAAUUGCAGCGGUUGCAGCUUAAGGGGAGGAAGGGCGUGCCAGUUUCGCAUCUUGAAGGGGGACUGGGGGAGAAGGGGAAGACAGCGCAGAUACUGGCUGGCGGUGAGAGGGGUGCUGGAGGAUUGGAUUGGUAA